AUGGUGAGACAGAGAAGAAACACAGAGAAAGAAGAAGAGAAGCGAGAACAAGAAGAUGUGGAUCAAGAAGAGAAGGAGAAGCCAAGGCAGAGAAGCGUGAGCAGGAGAAACAAGCAAUCUCUGGUGAUCGGACUUGUUGGAGCUGCGUUGACUCUCGGUGCUUAUUCUCAGACGUAUGUGAAACCGGGCAUAUCUCUCGGCGCCGGCCUCUUUGUCCUCUUCUUUGGCCUCCUUGUCAGCGAAGGUUUCAUCUCUCUUUAA